GCCUCCCUGAAGACGAAGCGGAGCCGUGUCCGUGUCCAAACUGGUCGUGGGAUGGGGGGCAUAUAAUCUGCACCUCUCCGAAGACAGGGAAGGCGUCGAUUUUGCUCACCCAAAUCGCCGAGCCACGACUUCUUCCGCAGCCCCGCGCCGGGCUCCGCCGGCACCACUCAGCAGCAGGUAAGAUUACAGGUGACAGGUGACUGGGGAUUUGGGAUGCAACUAGUGAAUAUCAAUUUCAGCAUGACUAGGUUACUGAACAUAGUUUAUCAGUUUAGUCUGCAGCAGGUCAUGCGAAAAAUUGUCUAGCAGACGCCCUGCAAAAAGAAAUCAACUAUGAUGUUAUCCUCGGUCAAAUGUACCGCCUAAAGAAGCAAAUCCGAGCCCGUGAUCCAUAGUCUCCCGGAGGGUAUCAUGCAUGACAUAAUAUCGAGGCUGACACUGAAGGAUGCCGUGAGGGUCAGUUUGGUGUCGACACACUGGAGACAACUUAUGGACAUGCCAUUCUAAUCUAUGCUUUGACAGUCCCACGAUCCUGAACCGCGAGUAUGGCACCAUUAGCAGGAGCAGCAGCAGGAGGGGCAGAAGAAGACGCAGGUUCAUCAGGCAUGUCGAUGCCAUCCUGGAAUCCCACAGCGGUACAAGGCUAAGAAGAUUUGGUAUCACGUUUGCUCUUGUCGCGAGGCACACGGAACAUCUGGAUCAAUGGCUCAAGUUCGCACUCGAUUCCAGGGCGUCUGAGAUUGCUAUUAAUUUGCACCCUGUGUUCUACAAGGAUUAUGUGAGGUCAUAUGAAUGGGAGGAUACAUACACCUUGCCGUUUCAUAUGUUUAGCAGUCAAGGGGCAUCUUACAUUGAGUCACUCCAGCUCACCUUUGCAUCGUUGAAGCUGCCCGGCGAUUUCGAUGGCCCUUUGAACCUUAGAGUGCUGGAUCUCCAGACUGUUCAUGUGUCGGAAGGAGAUCUCGAGCUGCUGUUGUCCAAAUGCAGUGCAUUGGAGUGUUUGCGCCUGGGUCGUUGUUACCCAGUGCUUAAUCUGAAAGUGAAGAAACCACUACUCGGCUGCGUAAUUUAUCUGUCCAGGGAUGUCAGCUGCAGGUUAUGGAAUUCAGUGCUCCGAAUCUAGCAAAAUUUGAGUAUUCGGGUCAGGCCAUACCCAUUACACUCGGUGAAUCCAUGAAGCCAACAGAAGCUACUGUGACGCUCUUGGGAUAUGAUGACACUCUUGAGCAUGUCUUCACCGAACUUCCAAAGACCCUGUCUCGCGUGGAGACACUAUCUGUGAACACUUGCAUAAACACCGAGGUGGUUGGAUUUUCAAAUUGCCUGAUGAAGUUUACUCAUCUGAGAAAACUGGAGGUGACUGUAAGUAUUCUCGGGGACUCGAGAAUCAGAAAUGGGAUUCUUCGUUUAGUGAGUCUUCUAGAGGUGGCCCCUCUUCUGCAAAGGCUCGAGUUAAAUAUGCUUCCACAUGUGUCGGUUGGGGUAUCCAACGAGCCUGAAGCUUACUGGCAUUUUCAGCCGUGCGCCCACCGUCAUCUUGAGCAGUUCGAGGUUUCAGGGUUUAUCGGUCUAAGAGGUCAGCUUGAGGUGGUGUUGUGCAUCCUUGAGGCGAAUGUCCGUAGAACCGAGGGUGACGGCAUAUGAUCGUGUCUUUGGACACUGGGCGGGGUUUGAGCAUAAUAUAGGAAAAGGCAGGGCAUGUGCCUUGGCCUUUUUUUCUCCUAAAGACUAUCCCGGUGUGCAGAUUGAGAUCUUCUGAAGGACCUUGGGUGUUUUUGGCUUCAGGUGAUGUAUGCCUGAAGGAGUGAAGGGCCACAAAUAGGCAAGUGUGAGUCCCAGCAUAGCUUUUCGUUUGUGUGUACAUAUUCUGGGGGCUUGGGUGUCAGUCAUAUGUAAUUCUUGUCUACUGGGGAGUGUGAAACUGCUUCACUGCAAGGCCCUGCUGAUUCAAGAUACUGAUGAAUAAUUACCAGAAAAUUCUUCCUGGAGGCUUGUGUGCAGAUACUCAUAAGCUUCAAGGACCCUAGCUGGAUUGUUAUCGAUAAGCUGCGAGACCCUGGGAAAGCAUAUCUCCAGAUAAUG